AUGCCGGCUCCUCAAUGUGGCCUGCCUCCUCUGGAGACCAUGACCCUUCCUCCCCAGCGGCCUGCAACCGCCAUUCCUCCUUCGCCUACGUGUCGUACGCCUCUUCCAUGUCUACUGCCGCCUUUGUUAACCCGGAGUCAUCAGCGGAGAGAUUCCUGGCCCCAGCUCCCCGACCCGCCCCAGCGAUGGCGAGGAGCUGAGGAAUCCAUGAGGGAUUGGCUGCAAGCCAGUGUCGAGGAGGACAAGAGAAGACAGGCAGAGGAGAGGACGAGGCAGGAGAGUCUACGCCUUGAGCAGAGAAAGGUCGAGAUGGACAUGCUGUGCACAUCUCUGCAAGGCGGUGUCCCGCCCGCCAUGAUUCCUCUUAUCUUCGUCCGCAUAGGUAGCGGAGGCACGCGUCCACAGAUGACUGGAGAGCAGCAGUUCACGUCUAUCUCGCAGGCUUAUCAUUUCCAACUUCUAUCUCCCCAACAUGCUCAUUCGAAAUACCAAAGGGAUAUACCACAGCCCACCCAAGCAGCAGCCCCGGCUUCCUCGAUAACCUUUUAUAACUGGCAACCGCCAAUAUUGCAAGCCCGCAGCAACUCGAAUCGACCUAGAGCGCUUUCCGCUUCGACCAAGACCAAGAGACAGUGA